AUGGCCAGACAUUUAGGUUUUCUGGUUCUGUUUCUGUCUAUCAUAUCGAUCGGCAAAGCUGUGAUCUUCAGUCCAAUAUCAGACUCUCAUCGAUCUGCGGCAUCGGAGCUCUUCUCGGUCACCGAUGGAUCUUUUGGAAGCUUGGAAGACACAUAUGAGGCUUUAAGGACGUUUGAUAUUCUUGGAAUAAAUAAGAAGUCUGAUGUAAGUGCUUCGACUUGCAAAUCUGUGGAGGAGAUACUAUGGUCACCAUCGUCAAAUUUAAAGGAUCUGUUCUAUGCAUUGAGAGUUAAUGGGCUAUUAAAAUGUGACCUAAAAGACGAGGCUUUUACGGCCAUCGCUUCUAGACUUAAAUAUUUUGUCAAUGAUGCAAAUUCAUUGCUUGACGCCUACCAUUCAAUAGGAGGGUUGCUACUUAUCAAGGAUCAGUCGUCUGAAGUGGAUGUACUUCUUGGAGAUGCUGAUGGGGUUUAUCGAUCCAUUAAGGCUCUCAGCCAAAGUGAUGGAAGGUGGCGCUAUAGUUCUAAAAAUCCUGAGGCUAGUACUUAUGCUGCAGGAAUAGCACUUGAGACCCUUGCCGGAGUUGUUUCAUUAUCAUCUUCCGAGAUUGAUCAAUAUCUGGUUAGUUGA